AUGAGUGUCCGGAGUGUCCUCGGUGAGAUGGAGUGGGACGGAGGGAUGAAGGUCCCUGUCGCGAAUCAAGAGAACAAACAACUUGAGGAACAGGUCCAAAGAAAACAACAAGAGAUCGUCAGGUUUCAGUCUGAGCUGUCAGAGCAUGAGGACCGGGUAUUUGCGAUGUCUGAGCAUAUGAAGAAUGUACAACAAGAGCUGAAUCAGACACAGGCCUUGAAUCGAGCCCGUGGUAAUGAGUUGGAUACAGAGAAUCACAUGUCACUCGUUGCAUCACGGGAGGCCGGACGUCUUAAACAGGAAAUUCAACGUCUUGAGAAUGAUCUGGCUGACAUCAAAGAGCGUCGAAACAUUCAUGAGAACAUCAUCUUCAAGAAUACCCAAUCCUUGGAGGAGUUGAAGUCACAACUGAAUUGGGACCAGCAGGCGUUAGAGGCGUGGCUUGAAGAGUCUGCAAGGAAAGAUGAAGACGCAAUGACGCUGACCAAGUACACCAAAAUGGAUGACGCCAAAAUCAAGGAACUUUCACUGCGCAUGGAACGAAUGACAGAUGAGAGCCACAAGAAGAGAAAACAUCUGGAGCAUGAGAUGACGGAGACACUCACCGCUCAGUUGGAGUUGGACAAGACAGCUGAGGAGUUUCGCAAAGCUCAUAACAAUCGUCAAGAAUUGAUCAGUCAGUGGGAAUCAACUAUUGAACAGAUGCAACGGAGAGAUAAAGAAAUGGACAUGCUCGCUAACGAGCUGUCCGAGGUGAAGGCAGAAGUCUUCAAUAAUGAGAGCAACGUCAAGGAAAAGCAGCAGUUCUUGGAUAAUGAAGUUGAGAAUAACCGAGAGCAGCAGAAGAAGCUUGGGGCCACGGAUCGAGCCGCCGCUAAACUCCGACUGGACUACAGAGAUGCUGAGACCCAGCGAAUCCAGUUCCAAGAUGAGCUUGAAACAUUGAAGUUCACCGUCGCCAGAACAGCAACAGAUUUAGAGGGAAUGAGACGGCAAGUUGGCGACUUAAAAAGGGAUGUGGAAGACAAGAAAAACAGGGUGGAGAACGCCAAAGCCAAUCGUCAGGACCUGAUGAUCAAGCUUGAGAAGAUAUCGGACGCUUCCCUAACGGCCGAGGAACGAGCCGCCAUGAUGGACAAAGCCCUCUUGGAUGAAGAAGAGAAUCUACACCUUCUGGAUCAGGAGCUGAAGAGGUUGAGAGAUCUCCAGUAUAAGAAAGCCCAGGAGUUGUUCGAAGGGAAGACCAUGGAGAAGAACACAAUGGCCGAGAUUCAGGGAUCGAGGGCGGCGAGUCGGAACCUGAGCAGUAGGAUUAAUAAACUGGAUCAUGACUCGCUGAAGCAGCAAGAGAUUAUCUACAAUCAGGAUUUUACUGUGCAGCAGUUGGAGAGACGUAUUGCUCGUAUCCAGGGUGAGCGAAGCACAGAGGAGAUGGAUCAACUGAACGCUAAGAUCAAGGAACUGACAGCCGUCUUAGAAGAGAGGAAUAACACAUAUCAGUUGGUCAACACUCAGCUGAAACGACUCCAGGAUGAUAUCCGACGUGUCAAGAGAGAUCUUGACAAGAGUGGGACGGAGAAAGCUGACCUGACCAGUAAGAUGGAAGAACUGAACCUCCACAACGACAGCUCACAACGAGAGCUCAAACGCAUCAUCUAUAACAAACAGGAUCAAAUGGUUGAGGAGAAUAUUCUCAAAUUGGAGAUCAAACGACUGAGGGAUCAGUUGAACUCCAGAGCCGACGACGUCUUCUCUCUGGAGAAACGCAGACUUCAACUGGAAACCGCGAUGAGAGAGCGCCACCAUGAGAUCUCGAUCCAUAAGGAGAUGCUCCAAGCACAGCUCAAGGGAGCUGAGGAAGAGAGAAGCACGGUCAGCUCAGAGCUUCAUGAACGCAUCACCAAGAUCGACAAGCUACGCAAAAGGUAUGAAAUCUUGAUGGUUUCUAUGGCACCACCAGAGGGUGAAGAAGACCGUUCACAAGCUUACUAUGUCAUAAGGGCAGCACAGGAGAAGGAGGAGCUUCAACGCAGAGGAGACGAGCUCGACGCUAAGAUCCGUAAAGCAGAGAAAGAAAUCAAAGCACUGGAGAACACUCUGAGAUUGAUGAACGGUCGCAAUGAGCAGUAUCGUAAAAGCUUCAACAGAGUGACCGAAACAAGUGAGGAAUAUGAAGAGAAACAACGUCUCGAUGAGCAGCUGAGGGCCGCGAUGGAUAAAUACAAAUAUAAGAGACGUCAGAUCCGAGAGCUACAAGAUGAUCUACAGACCAUGAGUAACACGAUGCAGAACCUAACGAGAGAUAAAGAGGCUUACGAAGACAUGAUUGAUGAGAAAGAGAAUAAGCAGCACCAGAUGAUCCGAGAGCACGAUGAGCAGAAAGCUAAGAUUGAUAGAGUGUCUAAGCAGAUAGCACGCUAUGCUAGAGAAGUCAGGACAGCUAAGAAGAUUAAAGGAGAAUCACAUGAAGAGAAAGAUUUCUCACUGCGUGAGCUGAGAGACUUCAACAAGAACCUCGCUAAGCAGAUUGGUGAUGUCAUCCACACCCAGCCAGACGUCAUACCGACCACCCAUAUGCUCUUCUCUCAGGCUGGUCUUCAAGUGCCUCCAGCACCAACGGGAAGUGCUAGGGGUCAUUCUAGACCGGGUUCAGCUUACAGUGCAAGGAGUAGCGCUAGUCUUAGCUCAAGAACUGCAUCAUCUGUACGCAGCACCGCAUCCAGCCGAGCUAGCAGCACUGCAGCCCUUCGUACAGUGAAUCUUGGUGGUCUAGGUAUCUCAGGCAGUGGGGCUAGAACACCCAAAUCAGCACCCCGCUCACCGAUACAAUCACCCCAACAGGGGACCCCAGGGAGGGUUGGAUCACGACCGCCCAGCGGAGGGAGUCAGGCUAGCGUAAGGAGUGGCCGUGGUAGCAAGCACUAGUCAAGACGGACCAGAGUGGAAGGGCAAAGGGCACUGUGUGAGUACAGCUUAUGUUCCACUACUCACACCCCCAUAGUGUUAGCCAGGAGUGUUCAUUUAGACACACUGUUUUAUCUGUCAUUUACAUGUAAAUGUAUUGUAAGUGAACAAUUUGGACACCCUUUUACUAAAUCCUGGUGGAAACCCUUGCCCCCAUCCCCCUACAUCUUCAGCAAUGUACUUAAGUUUAUUGGUCUUGUGAUAACGAUUUGCUGGACAGUUUUUAGUGAUGGGUAACACAGGGCCGAGACUUCACAAAGAAAACAAAGGCAAUUGCAACUGGUCAUUGCCUUGGUGCCCUUUAUGAAAAAGAAAAUGCCUUGGUUCCCUUGCCCUCUCAACAACGAAGCAUACAUGUCUGGUUACAUGAAGUAUGUAUGCAUGGUCUCAGUGAAUGUAAUCAUGCACCAGACUAAUCAACAAUCAAUGGAUAAAAAUAAACCUAAAAGAGUCUUUCUUUGUCAACCCCUGGAAAGCUCAUUAAUAUUCACCACAUAAUUCAAAGACACUCGACAAUACUUUAUUAUUGUUCAAUAAAUUUUUACAAGUUUUUAUUGAUGGCCAACCAUACAUUCAUCAUCCGAUGAAGAAAGUUGCACAAAGCUUUACUGAGCAAAACAAGUAAAAAUUACUUUAACCCCCCCCCCCCCCACCCAUGUUCCUUUUCAAUAAAUUUAAUUUAUAUUUGUAAAUAGAGAGUUGAGAUGAGUAUUCGUAAGAUAUAUUUGUACAGUUUUUUUGUAGUGCACUUCAACAAAAAAGGUCCAACACUAUCGACCACUUGCAGAAAAUAUUCAGAUUUUGUCAACGGUCAAAAGCGUUUCUGUGUGUAGGGAAUUUGCGACAAGAUUCCAAGUCAACAGAGUUUUUAUUUACCACUGUUGACACGUUCCGUUGUUGGCAUGGACAAAAUUCUCGACUAAACAACCCCCCUGACUGGCUAUUGACAUUACAGAUUGUCUAUAAAUUGAUGCCCUGUGUGUAAAGAUUGGACAAUUUUAUUCCUGCUCACACAUUAUUUGUCUCGAAUUGUAUUGACUUGACUACUUGUAACUGCCGCUGAGACACACAAAUCAGUGCAUAGUCAAUCCUUAUUUGAUAUUGACUUUUGAAAUUGUCUUACAGUCUGCAUUUGCACAGUGUCUGUUUUACGUGCAGAAUUUGUGACGGACAAAAUCGGUACAGCACGGUAAACCUGGAAUGGUAGCCUUUUAUAUUUGUACAAUGACAAAUUUGGAGCACCGAUGGAAUUUACUAGAAGUGUACUUUGUGUAUAUAUAUUUAGUGAAUAAAAUUAAUUAGUGGUUGGUACACUGUUGAUGGAGAAUAAGUUUUUUUAUUUAUUUUUUUAUUUUUAUUUAAGAAAUAAGCUUUAUUUAGGUAAAUAUUGGUACUUGAAACAAGGGCCAAAAUUGAAAAAAACGUCAAGGGGUAAGUCCAGGCAUUUU